CAGUGUCCAAUCGCAUCUAGGAGGAGAAAAUAGAGAGAAAGAAAGGGAGGCAGCGAGAGGGAGAUGGGGGAGGAGAAAGAGAGGAAGCAGAGGGAGUGAGAUUGAUCGUUUGAACGUCCUGGGCCCGGUGUUCAAAGGGGAAACACUUUCAUUGCAACUAGAUUUUUAAAGAAUGAUAUUUUUUCUCGUUGCACGGACUUAGCCAAAGAAGCUCCAGGGGCUGUUUUAUCCCUCCGUUUCUUCUUUCUUUAUUUGGGUUAUUUCCACCCAGGAGACGUGCAACUACCAACACAUCCACCACCGGCGGCAGGAGCAGCAGCGGUACAGGAAUAUCUCCCAAUAUCCCAUCCCGGGCACGUCGGAGGAGCCGCAGCAGCGACAGCAGGAGGCGAAUAUUCUGCGGCUGGACGGGAAGAUGCUCCGCGGGAAUUCACUCCUCUCCUCCCGCCUGGGCGGCAGUUUGAGUUUGUUAUGGGGGUGACCGGAAGGAGAAAGUGACAGAGGAACAGUGAUGCUACUGUUUACAUAACAAAAUACACCCCCCCUACACACACACACACACACACACACACACACACACACACACACACACACACACACACACACACACACACACACACACACACACACACACACACACACACACACACACACACACACACACACUCACUCACUCACUCACUCACUCACUCACUCACUCACUCACUCACUCACUCACUCACUCACUCACUCACUCACUCACACCAUACAUGACCACAGACAUGCACACUGGCUGAAACUGGCAGUCCAGGACAACCCUAAGCCCCACAACUAAACACUUUAACACACACACACACACACACACACACACACACACACACACACACACACACACACACACACACACACACACACACACACACACACACACACACACACACACACACACACACACACACACACACACACACACACACACACACACACACACACACACACACACAGUCUCGUAUUUAAGGGACUCACUGACUGAGUGACUGCACUCUCAGAGAAACAGAAUCACACACGUGAGGACGAGGUUGCAAGCAGAGGACUGGACUAUGUGUUGUGUGUGUUAUGGGCCAAGCUGAGGAGCAGCUGUGAGUCCGAGCUGGCCACCUCUGAGAGGUCAGCACAGUCGUGACCCUGAACCUGCAUCUAGUCCCUCCUCCUCUGCUUUCUCGUUGUUCACCACCAUGUCUCAGCUGAGGACCUGCCGUCACACAUCCUUCUCCUCCCCCUCUGGGUUUCCAGCCCUCCUCCUCUCCCUUUGGCUCUCCCUUUCCCUCCAACCGGCCCGUGUGUUGGCCGAACAAGCUGUUCCUGUCGUGUCCACGGCACAGGGCCGAAUCCGUGGCAUGCUGACCCCUCUGCCCUCAGACCUUCUCGGGCCUGUCAUUCAGUACUUGGGAGUGCCGUACGCCAGGCCUCCCACUGGGGAUCGGCGCUUUCAGCCUCCGGAGCCACCACUGCCCUGGCCGGGAAUACGAAAUGUGACGCAGUUCGCUCCAGUAUGCCCGCAGUCACUGGACGAGAGGAGCAUGCUGGGAGACAUGAUGCCGUCUUGGCUAACCGCAAACCUGGACAUAGCAGCAACAUACCUCACUCACCAGAGCGAGGAUUGCCUCUACCUCAACAUUUAUGUGCCCACCGAGGAAGACAUCCACGAGGAGGGGGGUCAGCGGCCGGUGAUGGUGUUCGUCCACGGUGGCUCGUAUUCUGAAGGCACCGGGAACAUGAUGGACGGGAGCGUGCUAGCGAGCUAUGGCAACGUCAUCGUCAUCACACUCAACUAUCGAUUGGGAGUUUUGGGGUUUCUUAGCACGGGCGACCAGGCAGCAAAAGGAAACUAUGGCUUGCUCGAUCAGAUUCAGGCUCUUCGCUGGGUGAAGGAGAACAUUGGAGCUUUUGGUGGAGAUCCUAGCAGAGUCACAGUGUUUGGAUCUGGUGCUGGGGCUUCCUGUGUGAGCCUCCUCACCUUGUCCCACUACUCUGAAGACCUUUUCCACAGAGCCAUCAUCCAGAGCGGCAGCGCUUUAGCCAGUUGGGCUGUCAACUAUCAGCCGAGCAAGUACGCUCGGCAGCUUGGUGAGAGGGUGGGCUGCGGCAUCGACGACAGCACUCAGCUGGUUGCCUGCCUCCAGGGCCGGAGUUACCGUGAACUGGUGGAGCAGAACAUAACUCCAGCCAAAUAUCACACAGCUUUUGCCCCUGUGAUUGAUGGUGAUGUUAUACCGGACGACCCCCAGAUUCUGAUGGAGCAGGGAGAGUUUCUGAACUAUGAUGUGAUGCUGGGGGUAAAUCAGGGUGAAGGGGUGAAGUUUGUGGAGGGCAUUGUGGACUCAGAGGACGGCGUCACCGCCGAGGACUUUGACUUCGCUGUGUCGGACUUUGUGGAUAGCUUGUAUGGAUACCCAGAAGGCCGAGACACAUUACGAGAAAGCAUACGGUUCAUGUACACAGACUGGGCUGACCGCGACAAUGCAGAAACACGCAGGAAGACGCUGGUAGCACUUUUUACCGACCACCAAUGGGUGGCACCAGCAGUUGCCACAGCUGAUCUCCAUGCUCAGUACGGAUCUCCAACCUACUUUUACUCCUUCUACCACCACUGCCAGAGUGACGCCACGCCGCCAUGGGCUGAUUCCGCCCACGGCGACGAGGUGCCCUAUGUGUUCGGCGUGCCCAUGGUUGGUCCCACUGAUCUGUUCAACUGUAACUUCUCCAAGAACGACGUGAUGCUGAGCGCAGUGGUCAUGACUUAUUGGACCAACUUUGCCAAAACUGGAGAUCCAAACCAGCCAGUUCCACAGGACACAAAGUUCAUCCAUACAAAACCUAAUCGUUUUGAGGAAGUUGCCUGGUCCAAGUACACGCCUAAAGAGCAGCAUUACCUCCACAUUGGCCUGAAGCCUCGCGUCAGAGACCACUACCGAGCCACCAAAAUCUCCUUCUGGCUCCAGCUGGUUCCCCACUUGCAUCAUGUCAACGAACUCCUCCAAUCCGUCUCCUCCUUUACGCACAGUCCCUCUCCACAGGAUGACACCCCCUACUCCUACACUAAACGUCUAUCCAAAGGUUGGCCUCCUAUUAGCACACGCCAUCCAGGUUCACAAGGCGGCACGCCGCAGCCUCCGGAGUCAGCUUUAGGACAGGAUGGAGGGGAAAACGGCGUUCGUGUCCCUAAUGAGGACUACUCCACUGAACUGUCGGUGACGAUUGCUGUUGGAGCUUCGCUGCUGUUUCUCAAUAUUCUUGCAUUUGCGGCUCUGCUUUAUAAGAAGGACAAAAGGCGUCUGGAGCAUCGUAGACCACGCCCUCUUCCUCCUCCUAGAAGAGACAUUACACCUGCUGAUGUUGCAGCCCACCUGCAAGGGGAGGGACUGAUGUCACUGCAGGUGAAGCAGCUGGAGUGCGAUGUCGCAUCAGCAGACGAGAGAAACAACGCUCACCACCAUCACACUCUGGAUACUCUGGAUGCUCUAGACGGUUUGGACACCCAAGACAUCUACAGCACACUGGACACUGUGCGCCUCACAUGUCCUCCCGACUACACACUCACCUUACGCCGGUCACCGGACGACGUUCCCCUGAUAACCUCCCUGACCCCAGGCUCGCUCCCCGUGACCCCGGGGUCACACCCUGUCACUCCUGCGACUCCAAUGACGCCCAUGACACCUGGAUCAGUGGCUGGGAUGAGGAUGGGGCACCCCCACCAGGGAUACACACACCACAGCCCAUUUAGUAACACACACUUACCACACACACACAUCUCCACACACACACACUCCACCACACGUGUAUAACCACAGCCAGCUACUCGUACAUACAGGGACAUAUUUACAGUUGGAACACACACACACACACACACGCACACACGCACGCACGCACGCACGCACGCACACACACACACACACACACACACACACACACACACACACACACACGCAUGCACACACACACACACACACACACACACACACACACACACACACACACACACACACACAGACAGACAUGUAAAACAGACUGAAAUACCUCUACUAAUUACCCUGCAGGAUUGUUACAGCUGGACCAACAGAGAGACAUUUUUCAGGAAGAGGAUGAAGAAGCAGACAUCUGUGUGUUGCAUGAUGGGGAGCUGCAGAGAAACUGGAUCCCUGGAGAUGCAUCUCAUAACUCAGAAGAGAGGAGUGUCUCAAGACCCGCUUUGGAUUUUAAAUACGCUUUUUCUACACCUGAGGCGAAAGAUCACGAGCGCUUUCACAAACGUUUCAGUGACGGCUCACUUUCAACCGCACCCGAAGAGCCGCGCUGGGACAAAGGAGAUCAGUUAAAUAUGUAGAGAUGAGCUGAGAGGGAACCACACACAGACUGCUGAUGUCAACUUGAACAACCUGUUAAAAUGUGAAUGUAGCAUUUUUUUUUCCAUUAAAAAGAUCAAAGGCCCUAUCUGCCACGGAUCCAAGUACGCUGAGAAAAAACUAAACAAAAACAAAAGAACAAAUUUUAAGCAAGCAGUGGAUGUAAAAAAAAACAACAACAAAAACAAAAGCAACAGAAAGAGAGGAUUAAAAAGACAACAGUAGUUGAAGACAAAGUUAGUCCGAUAGUGGGAAAGAGAUUUAGCGUUUCUUGAGCGGGAUUUAAAAGCUGUGCCGAGAAGAAAAAUGUAGAAAGAUGGAGGGAUGUGAAAAAGACUGACAUGGAAAGUGUGCCAAGAGACAGAAGUUAGAUUCAGAAGGAGGAAAAUAAAUAAAAAAGGGCCUCAGAAGUGUUGCCAGAUUCUCUGACGAAUCUAUCUAACCAGCUAUGUGUCAAACUCUUGUAAAUAGAAUUGAAAGAUACAGAUGAUAUAUUAUGAUUUAUAGCAUUUACCUGCUCUUGCAUUAAAAGUUAUUUAACCACAUUAUUGCUUUCAUUUCAGAUAUUAAUAUAUUAUUGUAUAGAUGUCCUAAAGCGAGGCUGGUUGUCUUUCUAUCUGACCUUCUGUAGUAUGUACACAGUACCCCCCCCCCCCCCCCCCCCCCGAUAUAAAGCUACAUUUGCUAUGCACAUCAUUUUAAUGUUUUUAUCUUUGUGAGCAUCUAGGUACUUGUUUAGCCGCUGGGGUAUGGAACAUUUUCCACAUCGUUCUGCCUACUAUGAUUUUUUUACAUUAUACUAUGAGCUAGUACUGUGUAGAUAAUGCGAUAUUGGUUUGAUGAUUGAGCACCAGCCAGAAACCCAACCCCUUGUUUCUAACCCCCUUCCCCCUAAACAAUUUUACCUUUUAUUAACCCAACUCUUACUUUACUUCACACUGGACCCAUCAGCGGUGCGGAACGCCACUGCUUCCAAUUAAAAUCCAUUAUAAUCUAUGGGGGUGAUUCAAACCAGCCGCCACGCAGAAGCGGCUCUCGUGCCCCGUCUCUAAAGAUAGGAUCGGGUUCUAUUUUUGCCACGAGCUGCUUCUAGGGUGUGACAAUUUCCACAGUUAACAUAGGGCAAGACAGGAAAUCACACACCGUUCAGUGUAAAACCCAUGGUAAUUUCAAAAUAAAAGCCUAUUGCAGCGAUGCAAUUUCAUUUCUAAGUAGAUUAUGUCUAUACACAUGACCUAACGGCUUAUUUACUCAUGACUCCAGAAGAGCACCAGUGUGUUUUUAAUGGCUUUAACCCUGGUAGGGGAGAGGAACAACAUCGCCGUGAUAUCAAACGUGAUUUCCUUCUUUUUGGUUUAAUGGAGGAGGGCAUAAACUCGAGAGAUUUUUUCGAUCUCGCGAGUUACGCAAGGAGCGUGGCAAAGAAGCCGUUCUGCAGCCGAGAUUCUCUCGAUGUGUACUGGACCGCAGCAAAAGUUGCGAGUAAACCGAUCUGCUGGUGUUCUGCUUCGCCGAUGCUUUCAGUGUGAAGUAGGGGUUAUCGUUGUUUCUGUGGUCAGACAGACGGCAACCCAACAGACAGACAGGUGGUGAUGAUUAAAGGGGCCCGAUAUUACAGAACGUCUCAAAAACUUGAGGAUGAGUUCUCUUACCUUGAAUUCCUACUUCAUGAGGGGUCCUGUGUGUUUUCAACAGUGCCCCUGACUGAACUGCCUAAUGCUGACUCAGAUCUUGUCCUUUUCAAAGCCCUUGAUUAAACCAUUUUUGCCAAGCUGUGCUGAAUCCGUAAUUAUACUCCCCUCAUUCCCUAAAAACCUGAAGUUUUAAGGUCUGGACCUUGGUUUUACUUCCUGCGAUUUUUGGAUCAAGGCAUGAUUAAUGAGGGGGUCGCUGAGUGAAAAUGAAAGGACGUAGCUGUGUGUUAAAGCCCGACACUGUAGAGCAAACAUGGUUCCAAGAAUGCUGCCUUUUAUGCCUUAAUACCUUCUUAAAGGAGCAAUCUUACUUUUGUUCCAACUUUACCACGACGCACAAUAAACUAAACUAAAUCUAGCAUUCAAAUUCAAACCACUGUCCUGGGAACAGACUUUAAAAUGGGUAUUUCUACUGCUGACUUCACUGUGAGUCCAUCAGGGCCAUAGUAGUUACUGCUUUUUACGAUUAAAAAACCAUUUAUAGAAUCUGUUCUGCUCAAAUCCUGUUGAUAAAAGGUUGUGUCUCACUGGGUUUUGAUUGUUUUUGACCAGAUUUUACAAUCUAAAUCCCAAAGUGUCUUGAAAACAUUUGCAAUUUUCUCACAUUACUGGAAGAAAAACGUCCUCUCAGAAUAGUCGCAGAGUUGCCAAAUUCUUCUGUGCAAGUGAGAAAAAACUUGAAACAACUUUUCAAAAGGGGAUAUUGAAAGUAGGCUUAACUGCAAACAAACUGAGGGAUAAUUAAAACACUUUGUGACUUAAUUGCAAGAAAAUCUGCACAGCUGUUGGGUAAAUUUUGCUAAUAGUUUACAAUAUGCCCCAACAUGGCUCUGUCUUGUGUAAAAAUUGUUACAAAUGUGUCACAUGUACCAAAUUAAUCCAACUCUAAGUAGAUAUUUACACAUUUUCUAAUACUUUUGUCUCCUACUUGUUUCUAACCAGUAACUCAACCAAAGGCCCUAAAUUGAAGCAUUAGUAAUUGUCCUCAGUACCCCCCCCCCCCCCCCCCGCCCUUAACCGUUGUCCUGUUGACCCCCCUCUGUCCCCGCCCAGCCUUGACAGUGUGAAUACUUUGUCACAACAAGGUCCUAUUUAACCUCUGCUCAUCCUGUGUAACUCCUUCAUUGUCAUUUUUGUUAGUCUAAUAUGUAAACAGCUGAAAAAUUAAUGAAAAGCAAAGAACUUAAAAAAAAAAGAUCGAAAAAUAACAUUUAUGUUUGAUUGAUUAUUUUUUCUUCCGAAUGGGUUUACCUUCUCAGCGGAUGGCUGGAUUGUGAGAAGCCUAAAACAUUUUUGCUGCAUUUUUGAAAAAUAAAAAUAUCAGUAUUUUACAAUUUA